GGACUCGUGGCGAUUCCCCGUGGGUCCCGAGGCCGGCUGCACGGACUGAGACAGGCUCUGGGCGCCAGAGUUAGGAGGGAGCAGGGACAAGCCACGUCUUCUCACGAAGCUCCCGUCCUGGGAGGAAGGAGCAUGAGAGCCCCGUGCAGAUACGUGUAGGUCAGCAGGGACUCCUUGUUAAAGGCCAGGUCGCCGGCCUUUUACAGAGCGGACGGGAGGCCUCGCUGAGAAGGAAGUGAACCUGCCUCCGAGGGAAAGGCUCACAGCCUGAGCGGCGCGCUCAGCGUCUACGGGGACAGCAGGCGGCCUUUGAGGCUGGAACAGAGGGGCGGCUCGGCCCUGAGAUGGGAGCACGGAGGGCUGUGAUCUGGCGCCUGUGUUGUAAAGGAUCACUCUGUGCUGGCGCUCACACUGGGGCCCAGCGGUGACUCACCAACUAGUGUCCACGAGGACGUGGGUUCCAUCCCUGGCCUCAUUCAGUGGGCUAAGGAUCCUGUGUGGCUGUGGCUGUGGCGUAGGCCGGCAGCUGCAGCUCCGAUUUGACCCGUGGAGCCUGGGAAGUUCCAGAUGCUGAGGGUGUGGCCCUAAAAAGACCAAAAAAAAGAUAGUGAAAGAAAGGAGCAGUCUGUGCCAAGUGGACGGCGAGUCACAAGGAGCAAGGGCAGCGCUGGGGAGGACAGUGGACGGUCGGGAGGCUCUGACCUGAUCUGGGUGAGGGACGAUGGCAUUUUUGGAGCACGGCCAUAGCGAAGGAGGUGAGAGGCAGUUGGAUCCUGGUUAUUUUAAGAAGCUGAACAUUAGGUUCUGCUGAUGCAUCAGUAAGAGAAAAGAGGGUCAAGGAUCACUUUGCUAGUUUGGUCUGAGCAGGGGAAUGCGUGUGAUCGCAGAAGCCGGGAAGACUGAGCCGGGGCAGGUGGAAGAGUGGAAUUCAGUUCAGCACAGGCUGACGAUGGCUGCUCUUUUUCUAAAGAGGUUAACAUUUCAAACCAUAAGGACUGAAACUAGCUGCACUGCAAGAUGUCUGGGUGAACGCGUGGGACAAAAGACGUCGCCAGCCCCGCCGCACCCUGUCGCUUCUGCCCCCAGACCGUCCUGCCUCAUUCACGCAAAAGCUUUUAGUACUGAAGACACCCAGGAGGAAAGAAAAAAGAAAAAAAAGGAUGAGACGGCUUUUAGUAACAUCGGGAGAAAGAUCCACGAGCGCAUCAUCCAUGUGCUGGACGAACAGGGCAACGACCUGGGCCACAUGCACCGCGCCAACGUCAUCAGGCUCAUGGCCGAGCGGGACCUGCGGCUGGUGAGGCGGGACCCGGGCGCUGAGCCCCCACAGUACCAGCUCCUGACGGGCGCGCAGAUCCACCAGGAGCGGCUGCGCCUCCGAGAGGCCGGGCGGGCCGAGCCUAAGCCAGGACCCACCCUGACAAAGGAACUGACUUUUUCUUCAAACAUUGGACAGCAUGAUUUGGACACCAAGAGUAAACAGAUUCAGCAAUGGAUUGAGAAAAAAUACAAAGUUCAAAUUACAAUAAAGAAAGGGAGGAAUGCAGAGGAGCCAGAAAACAAAAUGGAGGAGCUAUGCAACCAAAUCCUCCAGACUAUGCCUGGAAUAGCUACCUUCUCUUCCAGGCCACAGCUCAUCAGAGGGGGAAAGGCAAUGAUGUGUGUUCUUCGCCCCUUGAGCAGAAAGGAGGAAGCGAACAGAGCGGCACAGGGGCCCCCGAGAGGAGACCCGCUGAGCAGAGAAGACGGGAACCAUGGGGCCUCCGACGUGCUGCACCAGUGAUUUUAAUAAAAGCGUGCUUCUGAGGGGACCUAACUGAGCUGGCUGGUCUGUGGUCCUCCAAGCAGGGCAGUCCCGUGUUCAGCUGGGCUCAGCAUCCUGACGGCGGAGGGCCCGUGGCACUCGGGGCCGUCCAGCGACGCCUUGCUUCUAGGCAAAGACACGCCCUGGUCCUGUUUCCUCUUCGGAGGGAUAUACCCGCUGAGUCGAGAGGCCAGACUCCGUUUUUCUCGAGAUGGCUUCACCUUUGGGGAUAAGGAAGACAUAGUUGGCCCUCCGCAUCUGCAGGUUCAACCAACAGCUCAUCAAAAAUAUUUAAAAAAAAAAGGGAGUCCCCAUUGUGGCUCAGCAGGUUAAGGACCCAACCUAGUCUUCGUGACGAUGCGUGUUUGAUCCCAGGCCUUGCUUAGUGGGUUAAGGGUCCCAAUUGCCACAAGCUGCAAUGUAGGUGACAGCUGCAGCUCCAAUUCGACGCCUGGCCCAGGAACUUCUCUAUGUCACAGGGGCGGCCGCAAAAAGAAAAAAAUUCAGAAAGUUUCAAAAAGCAGUUUGAAGUUGCCAUGUGCCAACAAUACUUCCACUGUAUUGGGUAUUGUAAGUAAUGCAGAGAUGGUAUAAGGUGUCCGGGAGGACAUGGGUAGGUUAUAUGCACAGAAAGCUGCCAUAUGAACAACUGGGGUUAGCACGUGACAUCUGCACAGUCAAAAAUUCUCAUGUAACUAUCUGAGCACCUGUGGGUUUUGCUAUCCUGGAGGAUCCUAGAAACAGUUCCCCACGGAUACCAAGGGAUGGUGGUAAUUUGAAUUCAAAAUUAAAACUGUCAGGAGAUCCCGUCGUGGCGCAGUGGUUAACGAAUCCGACUAGGAACCAUGAGGUUGUGGGUUCGGUCCCUGCCCUUGCUCAGUGGGUUAACGAUCCGGCGUUGCCGUGAGCUGUAGCUGUAGUAGGUGUAGGUUGCAGACGCGGCUCGGAUCCCGCGUUGCUGUGGCUCUGGCAUAGGCCGGUGGCUACAGCUCCAAUUGGACCCCUAGCCUGGGAACCUCCAUAUGCCGCGGGAGCGGCCCAAGAAAUAGCAACAACAACAACAACAAAAGACAAAAAGACAAAAGACAAAAAAAAAAAAAUUAAAACUGUCAGACUUGGGUACCUAUCAGGUACAUAACUACCAUAGUAUAUACAACAAUACAGCUACUGCCAUGAAAUGGAAUGUGAAGUCCCGCAGUUCCUGGUGUGGCUCAGUGGGUUACAAACCUGAAUAGUUUCCAUGAGGAUGCAGGUUCGAUCCCUGGCCUUGCUCAGUGGGUUAAGGACGGGCAUUGCCGUGAUCUGUGGUGUAGGGUGCUGAUGUGGCUUGGAUUGGGCAUUGCUGUGGCUGUGGGGAGGCCAGCACCUGCACCUGCGAUUUGACCCCUAGCCUGGGAACUUCCAUAUGUCACAUGAGCAACCCUAAAAAGACAGAAAAGAAAAAGAAAAAAAAAAAGAAAACUUGAGGUCCACACAACUGCCUUCCAUAGUACAGAAUCACACAGUAAUUAGCAGCUGGAAAUAGGCUAAAAAGACUGCAUCUGGUUUAAGCCAUUUAUGUUUGAAGAUUAACUGCUUGCUAAGUGGUCUCAACGUACCUUGAGCUUCAUCUUCUUCUUGUCGGGGUCGUGCACGACGGCGUGCCUGCUGAGACUCUGCUGCAGGGAGGGAGAAACAGCCGUGUGUGUGAACACUGCCGUCUGGUGUCCGUUACUGUGAAAACCCCCCGAGUUACUUGAAUAAACUGUCGGCCUUCUUUC